AGAUUAAAUCCUUCACAUCCGUUUUUGUAACAAACCCUCCAAACAGCAGCGCUUCAUGACAUGAGCAGAGAAGGACAGGCGGCUAAGUGCGCCCCACUCCACGGAGAUCCCUGGAUGAGGAAGGGCAGCCCACCGGAGCCGCGCCGCGCGUGGGGGGGAUGCGCCCCGCGGGGAUCGUGACCCAUCGAGACGCGGCGGGAUCGUGUCAGUGAUCGGUGCCAGAGGAGCAGUAAGGAACCAUGGAGACCCGCAGGGACAGAAAGCAGCCGAUGAAGGCGAAGACUUCCAAGCGGAAAGAGAAGAAAUCUAAAAGUGGGAAGUUCGUCAGGAGGAAAUCUCUGCGCUCUAUCGGGAAUUUCAUGGGAAGGAUCCUGAAAAGUUUGGGCACUUUAGCGCACUUCGGCGACGCGGAGCCGCCGGACGCAGAGGAGGACGACGGCGGCUUCAGGGGAGACUUCUCCCAGAGCUCCAGGGAAGGAGCCAAGAACCGGAGCUCCGCGGCCUCCUCUCAGCGCGGCUCGGUGAAGGAGAGGCUGUCCUGGUGCUACGGCGACAAAACGCCCGGCGCGCUGGGUCUAAAGAACCACGGAAACACCUGCUUCAUGAACGCGGUGGUCCAAUGCCUCAGCAACACCGACCUGCUGGCCGAGUACCUCGGCCUGGGCCAGUACAAGGCGGAUCUGUGCCGCUCCGGGAGGGCGAACGGGGAAGUGAGGGCGGAGGAGGCGCGGAGCUCCGGGGGAGAGGUGACGGAGCAGCUGGCGUCGCUGGUUCGCGCGCUGUGGACGCUGGACUACACCCCGCAGAUGUCUGGGGAGUUCAAGAGCAUAGUGUCAAAAUAUGGCUCUCAGUUUCGAGGAAACUCUCAGCACGAUGCCCUCGAGUUCCUCCUGUGGCUUCUGGACAAAGUUCAUGAAGAUGCCAGUCCAGGUUCUGACAACAACAACAGCAGCAACAGUAAGACCAAAGGCAGCAGUAAGGCGAGCAGUUCGUCCGACAGUCCUCGGGGUCGCCACAGCUUCGUCCAGGAACACUUUCAGGCUCAGUACAGGUCUUCUUUGACAUGCCCUCACUGCCUUAAGCAAAGCAACACCUUUGAUCCAUUUUUAUGCAUCUCUCUGCCUAUUCCCCUGCGACAGACCAGGCCAAUGUGUGUCACGCUGGUGUUCAGCACUAAGGGUCAGAGGUACCUGCGGGUGGGGCUUGCUGUACCUCUCUGUGGUCCUGUAGCUUCCCUGAGAGCCAUGGUGGCGGCAGAGGGCAACAUCUCUCCUGAUCAGGUGAUCCUGGCAGAACUUUACUCCACUGGUUUCGAGCGGUCUUUCUCAGACGACGACGACUUGACCGCCAUCGCUGAUAGCGACGUCGUCUACGCCUUCCAGGCUCCGCCCCUCAGCAGCAAAGGGGGCUCUGCUCCACACUCAGGGUAUCACCACAGCCUCCCUUCAUCUCCUUACUCCUCCACAACAGGACCCCGGGGUCAGAGGUUACCAGCGUCAGGAAGAAUGUCCUCAGAGUACCUGAAUCAGAGCAGCUCCUCCAAAGUUCUUUUGCUCAUGUGCAAUACGAGCGGAUCAGGACAGCAAGCUGUCAGAUUCGGGCCUCCUUUCCUCAUGCUUGAAGACAGGAGCAUCUCAUGGGAGCAACUCCAGCAGAGCAUCCUCAGCCAGCAGUAUUACCUCAUGGUGAACGGAUCCCAGGCUCAGAAUGCUGCUGUUGAGUUCAAGGUCAGAGUGGUUGGAGGAUCUGCAGCCUACAGCUACUUGUCUCCAAAGGACAGUCGGCCAUUGUCCCACCCUGCAGUCGACAGAGCUUUGAAGUUCUGUGGGCCAGGAGGACCUCCCCACGUGAAGCUUGUUAUUGAGUGGGACCCCAGCUCUAAAGAACAUCUGUUUGGCAGCAUCCAUGAGGAGGUGGUGAAAGAUGCAGAGAGUGUGAAGCUUCAGCAGCAGCAGCACCUGCAGCAGCAUAGCUGCACGUUGGACGAGUGCUUCCAGCUCUAUACCAAAGAAGAACAGCUUGCUCCGGAUGAUGCCUGGAAGUGUCCCCACUGCAAGCAGCUGCAGCAGGGCAUGGUGAAGAUGAGUCUGUGGACGCUGCCUGACAUCCUCAUCCUCCACCUAAAGCGCUUCCGACAGGUCGGUGAACGACGGAACAAGCUGUCAACCCUGAUUCGAUUUCCCCUCACUGCUCUGAACAUGGCCCCCCAUGUGGCCAAGAGAAGUCAGAGCUUGAAGAAUCUACAUGCAGGAUCUUCCACCUCUUCCUCCAGGAAACAUCUGUCGAGCCAAAACCAUCAACCUUCUGACCUUCUCCUCCCACAAGAUUACCUGUAUGACCUCUACGCCGUGUGUAACCACCACGGAGGAAUGCAUGGAGGACAUUAUACCGCUUACUGCAGGAACUCUGUGGAUGGCCAGUGGUACAGCUAUGAUGACAGCAGUGUAGACCUGGUGCCGGAGGAUGAAGUGUGUACCAAGGGAGCUUACAUCCUUUUCUACCAGAGACGUAACAUCAUUCCUCCGUGGUCGGCCAGCAGCUCUGUUCAUGGCUCAAUAAGUUCUUCAGCAUCAGACCACUGGCUAAUCAGGCUAACAGGAGACAGCAAGAGAGGCAGUCUGGUGUCUCCUUCUUCCACCAACAUCUCAUCUUCAGUGCAAGAAUCACCACAGUCUCCAGUUGUCAGAGAAAAUGGUUUUGAGGAGGAAAGGGGUGGCUUUGAAAAUCGUCCAUUUGUCCGAGGACUUCAAGGGCGCAGCGUGAGCAUGAGGGUUCCUACCAAACCGAAGGAGAGUCUGAGCAAAAAGCUUCCUAUGCGUUGGUCCCUAGGUUCAAAAGAUAGACGAAAACCUGACCAGGAUUCCCCCAAAAUCCAGGAACCUGACCCUGCUGAGCUUGUGCAGUACUUGGAGUCUGGCCGGCGACCCCGUUGUACCAAGGACUCAAUAGUAACUGUGAUGAAUGAAUCACGUAGCAGCAAGAAAACACCUGCAGGUAGGGCACCCAGUGUUCGAUCUUCAAAUGUUGGGAGUAUGAGUUGUGUUGGUAAGAUGGAACAAGAGCCGCAAUAUUCUCAGGUCCCAGAGGGUCAAAAAAGGCAAUCAGAAAGGACAUCAGAGAAGACGUCUGGUAAGACAGCCAGUCUAAGACGAAAAAAUGAAAGUGUGGCAAAAGAAGAGACCUCCAGGAAUACGAGUUCUAACUGUGGUAGCAACACCCUUUCCAGGAGGAAGGAUGCAAGGAGGCACAGCUCUUCGAAGUCUUCUCAAGAAAAAGAGGCGAAACUUAGUUCCAGCACUGGAGUACACCCUAGUUACAGUACAUCAAGCCUUCAAGAUGGAACUCUGAAGAGACAAAAGGGGGACAAAGCUAAAAGGGAUCACCAAGACACUGAGGCAGACAAGGCAAAGACGACGAAAGAUGAAGUGCCCAAGAGUCACGACGGUCUCCUCUCUUUUCUGAAAGGCAACUUCCUAAAGAAGGAUAAGGACUCUAAGAAAUCCAAGGAUGGGGAGUCAGGAAAAGGAAGCAGAGAAGAGGAAGGAAGAAGAACCUUACCUAGAACGUCAUUACCAAAUGGAGCGGCCGGAGGAAGAAUCGCAGUUGAGGGAAGCAAAUCCAACGGUUCAGGCCGGCGGGUUGACGAACUGGCAAACGGGAAGAUAGGACGGUCCUCGGCUGACAUUAGACGCUCGCAGAGCUCCUCUAACAUACCCACCAAAGCAGAGCAGAGCAUCCGCAGGACAGCAUCCUUACAUCGUAAUGGGAUGCCCACAAACCCAGCAUCAUCACGGAGCGUUCCCGCAGACAAACCGUCUUUCAGCACCCUGCAAAGGACCCGCUACAGCACAACCUCUCUGGGGCGCAAGAAGACGGUCCCCGAGUCGAGCUUCUGAUGCAGAGUUUUAAUAUUUUUUACUUAUUUGGAUAGAAGAACUUGCCACCAUUUAGAUCAAAGCAAUAGAGCCUCUUUUACCUUAAAGUUAUUUAGUGGAUUGCACAAUACAGAAGGGCAAUACAGUUAAUGAAGGGAGAUUACAAACUGCAACUUGAAAAUAUGUGGCCUGUCUAUUUAGACACAUUGGAUUAAAUACUUUUUGUAUUAAUAUAGAUAUAUACAUCUAUAUAUCUGUCUUGUUUUUUAGGAUUUAAAAGAAGUACCUAACAGAAUUAUUUUUGUUUAUCAAGUUGAACUAGCAGGUACAGACUUUUAUCUCCUUUUAAUGCAGUAUGAGUGUUUGAACGCAUCGCUUCAUUAUUAACUCUGAUGGUUUAAAAUAGGACACGCUGAUUGUGUUCAUUUGCAAGAAUGUAUUUUCUGGGAUUAAUUAACACAGGUGCUUUGGGGCUUUGUUUCCUGAUUAUUAACUACUGUAUGAUUGAAGUUUGUUUAAGGUUAAUCUGAAUGCCAGACCUUUUUUUUAUUUAUUUUUUAUCAUGCAUUAUUUCCUCUCAAAUGUUUAACAAUGCAGUGAUUAUUCAGUACUGUGAAGAAAAAUAUUCGUACAAGAUGGAUUAAUUUUAUACACUGUAGAGGUUAUUUUUCAGGACUUCUACUGCUGCUGUUUCUCUAUGUUUGUUUUUCCACUAUUAAUAGUGUUUUGCUGGAAUUGUAUUAACUGUUGAUGCAUAUAUUUAUCCAUGGGAGUAUGGUGGGGAAACAGAUGGCAGAGGGAAUUUUUUUAUUUUUUAUUUUUGCAAAGAUGAAGUUGGUUUGUUUUUAUUGUUGCUGCUGUUCUUACAGAGGUAGAAAAUCUGCCUCUUUGAGCCUUAAAUCAUUGAAUGUUCCCCUUAAAUGACUGUUAGGCAGAUGACUCUAUGUGAAGCAUCGCAUCUGCAUCUGCAUCUUAACAGCUCCCUGAGAAAAACUGACACCAACUUCGAAGGUAUUUGAGUUUAUUUAAUGUCAUUACAUUAUUUUAGCAUUAUCUUGCAUGUUAAUUCUCUAUAAACUUCAAGUAAUACAAACUAAGUGGCUAUGAAUAAUGUGGCAGCAAUAACAACAAAGAAAAACACCCAAACAAAAGUAAAAAUUUUAUAUUAUACACAUGAUUUUUUAUUGUGCAGUGUCAGGUAUUGCACGGCUAUUUACCACAGUUAAAUGUAAUCAAAUUGGUGCUGCUGCCAACUAAGACAAGUUAUUAUGAUGCAGAAAAAGGUUUUCUUGUGUUUUUCCCUUUGGAAAGUUUAAAACAUUUUAGUGAAGUGAAAUGAUUUAAUACUUUUUCU